AUGCAUCUUACCGAGUACUUGUUUUACCGUCUCCACCAACUUGGAGUUCGAUCUGUCUUCGGAUGUCCCGGUGACUUCAAUCUCACUUCUCUCGACCACCUGGAAACGUGCGGGCUCAAUUGGGUUGGAAAUACAAAUGAACUCAAUGCAGGCAAAGGAAUUUCCGCGAUAAUGACAACACUUGGCGUUGGGGAGCUUUCUGCCAUCAACGCUUUGGCUGGUUCAAGUGCAGAGUUGGUGCCCGUCAUACACAUUGUCGGCUAUCCUUCCACGGAAUCCCAGCGAAAGGGGCUGCCCAUACACCAUACUCUGGGGGAUGGCGACUUUGAGCGAUUCGCCAAGAUGAGCGCUCAGAUUUCGAGCGCGGUAGUCAUUCUCAAGGACAGUUCAAAUGCAACUAGAAUCAUUGAUGAGACGAUUCUAGAAUGUUGUCGAUCUAGCAAACCUGUUUAUAUCGGGUUACCGAUGGAUCUCGUUCGGGCAGAGGUGGAUCCAUCUCCGCUUGAGCACCCUCUAACUGCCGAGAAGCCUGCUCCCAACCCCAUUGUGGAGGAAGAAAGCGCAGUGGAUCUCAUUCUGAGUCGCCUUUUGGCGGCCCAGAGUCCGGCUAUUAUUGUUGAUAGCCUUGCCAACAAGCCACAUAUUUUGGAAUCGACGAGGUCGUUCGUGGAAAGCUCGGGGUUGCCAUGUUUCAUUACGCCCAUGGCCAAAGGGAUCAUCGAUGAAACUCUGCCAAAUUUCCGUGGCGUGUAUGCAGACAAGGCCUCGCAACCUUUUGUCCUCGAGGAUAUUCAGAGUUGCGAUUUGAUCUUGAACAUUGGACCACGUCCGACCGAUAUCAACACAGCCGGAUUCCGGACUGACAUGCCACAUGUUGAGUCCAUAAAAUUCGAGCGCGGAAAAAUAACACUGCGCUCCGAAGUUGUAGGACUCGACGCAAGUGGUGUCCUCUUUAAACUUGGUGAUGCGCUCCACCGAGAAGGAUUGGGGUCGUCGCCAGCCUCGACUGCUCCGCGCAAGCUCAGUCAUACAUCGGAAGACUCCGGGUCAGCAUCUUCUUCAACACCUCCAUCGAGCUUGGGGGGCGAUUCGAGCCUUGAUUUCCAAAGUCUUGUGUUUGACAAGUCUGCUCCAUUGACACAAGAGUGGGCUUGGGAGCGGCUCAGCGCGUGGCUCAGAGAAGACGAUAUCAUCGCUGCAGAUGUUGGAACCUCCAGUUUUGGAAGUCUGUGGACCCGGUAUCCACGCGGAGCAGUUCCGCUCACUCAGUUGUUGUGGUGCUCGAUUGGGUAUGCGGUUGGCGCUGCGGUGGGGGCUGCUCUCGCUGCACGAGAAGAUAAGCAUCAACCCAAGGGUCUGAAGCGUCGCACGAUUCUUCUGACUGGCGAUGGUAGUCUUCAGAUGACCGCACAGGAAAUCAGUACCAUGGUUAGGCGCAAAUUAGGGGUGAUCAUAUUUGUGAUCUGCAACGAGGGGUACACCAUCGAGCGCCUGAUCAACGGGCCGGAGGCAGAGUACAACGAUAUUCAGCCCUGGGAUUAUAAGCUCCUCCCAACUACCUUCGAGGCUGAACGUGGAAGUGCUCAGACUCAUGCUAUACACACCCAGUCCGAGUUGGACAUGCUUCUCAUGGAUCCUUCAUUCGGACCGGAACCUAUUGAUGACCCACCAUUGCGACUGAUUGAGCUGCAUAUGCCUAAGCUUGAUGCGCCAGAGUCAUUGCGUAGUACGAUCGACGCCAUAGUACGUAGGUGA